CUACUCUACAAUGUAGGCACCCGGAGGCACCCGAUGCCAGAUGGAUGGAUGCCACCCCUACCCAGAGUAACUUCCCCCUGCUUCCUAUGUAGGAGCCUGAGGCUGGUGCUGGGGGCUGAAGAACCUCUCCGCGCUCACAAGCUCGCUCCGAGAUCAUCCGAGCGAGCGGGUGCCGAUGACGGCGGGUCUGUCUGCCUCACACAUCUAUUAAGUUCCAUCCUGGCGCACAUAAAACGGCAACGGCGUGUAGAUAGGGCUGAAACAUCUUCCCUCCCCUUGAGGUGAGUACUUUAUAUCUAUCCAGAGCACGUACAUCCCGCACGCACGCAAGCACGCACACACGAGCAGCAAGCCUGCACUGGGCCCCAGGAGCGCGAAAAAGCCUCAUCUG